GCCCUGGCUUCCAGGAGGCGCGGGGCGAGGGCAGACCUGGUUCUGGCGCAAACCCGGUCCCACCCGCCCUGCCACCGCGCGCGGCUCGGUGAAGCCAGGUUCUCACUUUCCACCUUCUCAUCUGUGCAGCCCAGCACCCUCCGGCCCAGCGGGGGCUGCCCACUUCUGGCCUCACCGGCUCAGAUUUCUGGAAACACCAAGAGGGGUUUUUUGUUUGUUUGUUUUUUGUUUUUUAAAAUUCCUGUUCCAGGGGAGGGGGUGUGGCUGGGAAGGAUGAGAAACUGUGUUCCUCUGCUCUGUUUCUGGAGCGUCUAUUGUUGCUUUGCCGCGGGAAGCCCCGCACCCCUUGGUCCAGAGGGACAGCUGGAAGAUGAGCUAGAUAAACCCAGGCAUGUCCAGCCUUCAGCCAAAUCCUCUGUGAGGUUUAGCCUCCGCACUGCUAAGGACCCAGAGCAUGAAGGAUGCUACCUCUCCCUUGGCCACAGCCAGCCCUUGGAAGACUGUGGCUUCAACAUGACAGCCAAAACCUUUUUCAUCAUUCACGGAUGGACGAUGAGUGGCAUGCUUGAGAACUGGCUGCACAAACUGGUGUCAGCCCUGCAGACAAGAGAGAAGGAUGCCAAUGUGGUGGUGGUUGACUGGCUCCCGCUGGCACACCAGCUUUACACAGAUGCGGUCAAUAACACCAGGGUGGUGGGACACAGCAUUGCACGGAUGCUUGACUGGCUGCAGGAGAAGGAUGAUUUUUCUCUUGGAAACGUCCACUUGAUCGGCUAUAGCCUUGGAGCGCACGUGGCUGGAUAUGCCGGCAACUUCGUGAAAGGAACAGUGGGCAGAAUCACAGGUUUGGAUCCUGCCGGGCCCAUGUUCGAAGGGGUGGACAUCCACAAGAGGCUGUCCCCCGACGAUGCAGACUUUGUGGACGUCCUCCACACCUACACGCGUUCCUUUGGCCUGAGCAUUGGGAUUCAGAGGCCUGUGGGCCACAUCGACAUCUACCCCAAUGGGGGUGACUUCCAGCCAGGCUGUGGACUCAAUGAUGUCUUGGGAUCAAUUGCGUAUGGAACGAUCACAGAGGUGGUGAAAUGUGAGCACGAGCGGGCUGUCCACCUCUUCGUGGACUCCCUGGUAAAUCAGGACAAGCCGAGCUUUGCCUUCCAGUGCACCGACUCCAACCGCUUCAAAAAGGGAAUCUGUCUCAGCUGCCGGAAGAACCGUUGCAAUAGCAUCGGCUACAAUGCCAAGAAAAUGCGGAAGAAGAGGAACAGCAAAAUGUACCUUAAAACUCGGGCAGGCAUGCCUUUCAGAGUUUACCAUUAUCAGAUGAAAAUCCAUGUCUUCAGUUACAAGAACACGGGAGAAAUCGAGCCCACCUUUUAUGUCACCCUUUAUGGCACUAAUGCAGAUUCCCAGAUCCUGCCUUUGGAAAUAGUGGAGCAGAUCGGGCUGAAUGCCACCAACACCUUCCUGGUCUACACUGAGGAGGACUUGGGAGACCUCCUGAAGAUCAAACUCACCUGGGAGGGCACAUCUCAGUCUUGGUACAACCUGUGGAAGGAGCUGCGCAGCUACCUGUCUCAGCCCCACAACCCGGCGCGGGAGCUGAACAUCAGGCGCAUCCGGGUCAAGUCUGGGGAAACCCAGCGCAAAUUGACAUUUUGUGCAGAAGACCCUGAGAACACCAGCAUAUCCCCUGGCCAAGAGCUCUGGUUUCACAAGUGCCGGGAUGGCUGGAGAAUGAAAAACGAAACCAGUCCCACUGUGGAGCUUCCCUGAGGACGCCCGGGGACGGUUUGCCAGCCAGGACCCCUGCCACCCAAGCACAUGGAGGAAAGUUACCGCCGAGGACCCACCCGAUGGCAGGACCCCUCCCCACCUUGACCCUGGAGCAUCAGGAACAACUUGUCUCCUAUGACGGCUGGCACUUCUGGCCGGAGGGGACUGCACUGCCGAAGCUCCUGUUGCCUCUAGGGUAGCUCUCACUGCACACCUCGGGCGAUGCCUCUAGGCACCGAGUCCAGACGUGCGUGUGAGCGGCCGAGCCCGGGCCUCUUGCCCUGCACCCCGGGUGGGUUUCUCGGCUGCUGCGCGAGCCUGACUGAGCUUGGCCCAUCCAGGAACGUGGGCUCCGAAGUGGCUCUGAGGGGAGGGCUGUCAGCUGCUUGGCCUGACUUGAGCCUUAGGGAGAGGUCUUUCCACUGGGGGCUGACUCAUGUCAGGAUGGCAGGCCUGUUACUUGUCCACCCAGAGAGGGGACAGCAGACCCGGGCUGGUGCUGAGGCCGUCGCUGUGGGGUUUCUCGUGGCUGUACUGACAUUCCGUCUUGUUCUGCAAAUCACUCUCUGAAGCACACAUCACUGGCUUUCUUAUUUUUCCUUUGUUCGUUAUUUGAUUGAACAAGCAUUUAUUGCGCACUUAAAGAUUAAUUAGCAUGUGGCAGUAGACGCAUUACUAAGAGGCAUUACUAACCCCUUCCCGUUCGAGUAUAAAUGUGGUGAAAGGCAGGAGGGGCGUUGGCAGGGGCUACAGGAUGUAAGAGUCAGGGAUCCCGAGGCCAUGAAUAGUUUGUACCUAUUUCUUCUUAGUUAACACGCGCCAUUUCCCCUAAGAGUGACACGUUUGGUCACUAGCAGAAUAGCAAGCAGAGUAUCUUACCUGCUGGGGCCAGAAUGGUGGGCAGUUGCCGGAUAUGGCUGCUUUGGAGCAAAAUCUCUUCUAUUCAGGGAGAUGGAAGGUGUUCCAUUUGUAAUCCCUGUCUGUUUAUCCAGAAACCAGCACCUGCCAGAGAGAGCUGGCUCUAAGAUUUAAUACAGUGCUUUUCCUUUUUGAAAUACCUUGCUUUAAUACCAGUGCCUUUUCUGUGUUGAACUUCUUGGAAAAACCUCCAAUUCUAGGUCCUUUUUUUUUUUUAAUUUCAAAAUUUUGAUUAAGAGGGUACAAGUGGUUUUUGGUUUUUUUUUUUACAUG